CGAUCUGUGGUGUGCUGCUGCCGCCUCCGAACCGGUGCUGUGGUGACGCCCGUCUUCUUGCUGUCUUCCUCGAGCUCCCCGGGGCUUGACCCCCGGGGCCCUCGGCAGGCGUCUGUGAGGAGCCUGCGGAACGAACCUGUGCUCUUACACUUGCCCUUCACGACUCCAUAUCGCGACUCCAAGGAGGGAGAGCGAGAGGGACUGUCGCGACUCCGCGCCGUGUGUCUCCGGGCGGGGCCGCGGGGCCGGGGCUCCUCCAGCCCCCGGGAUGCGCGCGCGAGCCCUCGCCUCCACUUCCUUGUUGCCGCUGUCACGACUGGAGCCGCUUCUCGACGACAGCGGGGAGCGCAAGUGCGCCCGCCAGCUCCCUCGUCGAGCCCCAGGGCCGGGCGCCUCCGGGAAUGUGAGCCGCGAGGCUUGUACGCUCCUCUGGCCAUGGAUGCAUCAUAUGAUGGUACUGAGGUAACUGUCGUGAUGGAGGAAAUUGAGGAAGCCUACUGUUAUACUUCCCCUGGGCCACCCAAGAAGAAGAAAAAGUAUAAAAUACAUGGAGAAAAGGCCAAGAAACCCAGGUCUGCUUAUCUUCUGUACUAUUACGACAUCUACCUGAAAGUGCAGCAGGAGCUCCCCCACCUUCCUCAGUCUGAGAUCAAUAAGAAGAUAAGUGAGAGCUGGAGGCUUCUCAGCGUGGCCGAGAGAAGUUACUACUUGGAGAAAGCCAAACUAGAGAAAGAAGGUUUGGAUCCUAACUCUAAGCUGUCUGCACUGACCGCUGUGGUUCCGGACAUCCCAGGUUUCCGCAAGAUCCUACCCCGCUCAGAUUACAUCAUCAUCCCUAAGAGCAGCCUGCAGGAGGACCGGAGCUGCCCUCAGCUAGAGCUGUGUGUGGCUCAGAACCAGAUGUCCCCCAAAGGACCUCCUCUUGUGUCCAGCGCUGCCCCGGAGACAGUGCCCAGCCAUGCAGGCAUGGCAGAGCAGUGCCUGGCUGUGGAGGCCUUAGCUGAGGAGGUGGGAGCCCUUACCCAGCCAGGUGCUGUACAGGAGAUUGCCACCUCAGAGAUCCUCAGCCAGGAUGUGCUCCUAGAGGAGACUUCCCUGGAGGUAGGGGAGAGCCACCAACCUUACCAGACAAGCCUGGUGAUUGAAGAGACCUUAAUGAACAGCUCACCAGACCUCCCCACUGGAAGCCUGGCUCUGCCUCACCCCCAGCUUGGGGAGAGUGUGUCAGUGGUAACAGUCAUGAGGGAGAAGCCAGCCAAAGUCAAAGUAGAAUUGGCUCCUGGUGUCUCUUCCAGAGGCUCUGUAGUUAAAAGAAGUCAGCAGCCUGUCACCACUGAGCAAAAUUCCUCUAAGGAAAAUGCCUCUAAACUGACUCUGGAGAAUUCAGAAGCUGUAAGCCAGCUCCUAAGUGUAGCUACUCCAAGAGAAGUGGGUAAGGAGAAUGAGUGGGAGGAAGUGAUCAUCUCCGAUGCCCAUGUUUUGGUCAAGGAAGCUCCUGGGAAGUGUGGUAUCGCGGUCACUAAGACACCGGUCGUCAAAAGUGGUGUGCAGCCUGAGGUUACUCUGGGGACAUCUGAGAAUGACAGUCCCGGAGCAGACAUACCACCAGCUGAGGGGAUUGGCACCUCCAGUUCACUCCCUGCUCCUAAAAAACCUACAGGAGUUGACCUUCUCACCUCUGGGCCCAGAAAUCCAGAGCUUAAAGGCAGAGCACGGGGCAAGCCCUCAUUACUGGCUGCAGCAAGACCCAUGAGAGCAAUUCUGCCAGCCCCAGUUAAUGUGGGGCGAGGCAGCAGCAUGGGACUGCCCAGGGCUAGGCAGGCCUUUUCCCUGACUGAUAAGACUCCCUCUGUGAGGACUUGUGGCCUGAAGCCAAGCACACUGAAGCAGCUGGGCCAGCCCAUCCAGCAGCCAUCUAGCACUGCUGAGGUGAAGCUACCAAGUGGCCCAUCCAACAGGACACCUCAGGUGAAAGUUGUAGAGGUCAAACCUGAUAUGUUUCCUCCAUAUAAGUACAGCUGCACUGUCACACUGGAUUUGGGCCUGGCUACAUCAAGAGGCCGGGGAAAGUGCAAGAAUCCCUCUUGUAGCUAUGUGUACACCAACCGGCACAAACCUCGGAUCUGCCCCAGCUGUGGUUUUAACCUUGCCAAAGACCGAACUGAGAAAACCACCAAGGCUGUUGAGGCAAGCUCACCACUCCCAGAUGUGCUGAAUGCCACAGAGCCCCUGAGUGUGGCCCAGAAGGAGAUCCAGCGCCAGUCCACGCUGCAGCUUCUGCGCAAAGUCUUGCAGAUUCCCGAGAAUGAGUCAGAGCUGGCCGAGGUCUUUGCCUUGAUUCAUGAACUCAACAGCUCUCGACUUAUCCUGUCCAACGUGAGUGAGGAGACGGUGACCAUCGAGCAAACUUCUUGGUCGAAUUAUUAUGAGUCUCCAUCCACGCAGUGCCUUCUCUGUAGCAGCCCCUUAUUCAAAGGGGGACAAAACUCCCUGGCUGGGCCCCAGGAGUGCUGGCUGCUGACAGCAAGCCGGCUGCAGACAGUGACUGCCCAGGUGAAGAUGUGUCUGAACCCCCAUUGUCUGGCCCUGCACAGCUUCAUGGACAUCUACACAGGUCUCUUUAAUGUGGGAAACAAGUUGCUAGUAAGCUUGGACUUGCUUUUUGCAAUCAGAAACCAGAUCAAGCUGGGAGAGGACCCCAGGGUGUCUGUCAGUGUUGUUCUGAAGUCGGUGCAGGAGCAGACAGAGAAGACCCUGACCUCAGAGGAGCUGAAUCAGCUGCAGGAGCUGCUGUGCAAUGGUUAUUGGGCUUUUGAGUGCCUCACUGUCCGAGACUACAACGACAUGAUCUGUGGUAUCUGUGGUGUGGCCCCCAAAGUGGAAAUGGCUCAGAGGAGUGAAGAGAACGUGCUGGCACUGAAGAGUGUGGAGUUCACCUGGCCUGAAUUCUUGGGCUCUAGUGAGGUAAACGUGGAGGACUUUUGGGCCACGAUGGAAACAGAGGUGAUUGAGCAGGUGGCGUUUCCUGCCAGCAUCCCUAUCACCAAGUUCGAUGCCUCUGUUAUUGCCCCUUUCUUCCCACCACUCAUGAGAGGAGCUGUGGUCGUCAACACCGAGAAAGACAAAAACCUGGAUGUGCAGCCAGUACCUGGCAGUGGCAGCGCCUUGGUGAGGCUGCUCCAAGAGGGCACCUGUAAGCUUGAGGAGAUCGGCUCCUACAGUGAGCAGGAGCUGCGGUACCUGCUGAGGCAGUGUGACAUCCCCUUUCGGACAGAAGACUCCAAGGACCAGCUCUGCUUCUCCUUAUUGGCCCUCUACGAAUCUGUACAGAAUGGAGCCAGAGCUAGACAGCCCCCACCUCAUUUCACAGGCGGUAAAAUCUACAAGGUGUGCCCCCAUCAGGUGGUCUGUGGCUCCAAGUACCUUGUGCGGGGUGAGAGUGCCCGAGACCACGUGGAUCUGCUUGCUUCCUCCCGCCAUUGGCCACCUGUCUACGUGGUAGAUAUGGCCACACCAGUGGCCCUGUGUGCUGACCUCUGCUACCCAGAGCUGACCAACCAGAUGUGGGGGAGAAACCAGGGCUGUUUCUCAAGCCCCAUGGAGCCGCCUGUGAGCGUGUCCUGCCCAGAGCUCUUGGACCAGCACUAUACUGUGGACAUGACAGAAGCUGAGCACUCUGUCCAGCACCCUGUCACCAAGACUGCCACACGGCGCAUUGUUCAUGCAGGACAGCCCAGUCCUGGUGACCCCAGCACUGGGCACCACUCUUUGGCCCUGUGCCCUGAAUUGGCACCCUACACAGCCAUCCUGGCCUCCAUCGUGGACAGCAAACCAAGCAGUGUCCGCCGGCGGCCCAUUGCCUUUGACAAUGCCACCCACUAUUACCUCUAUAACCGCCUCAUGGACUUCCUCACCAGCCGUGAGAUCGUCAACCGGCAAAUCCACGACAUUGUGCAGACGUGCCAGCCUGGCGAGGUGGUCAUUCGUGACAACCUCUACCGCCUUGGGGUUGCUCAGAUCAAGACAGAGACAGAGGAGGAGGGUGAGGAAGAGGAGGUGGCUGUGGUGACAGAAUAAGCCAGGCUGUUGUACAGUGACUGCACCGUCUCUCUCAAGCCAUAGUAAGGCCCUUGCCUAAGGCACAGCUAUCCAGGGGACCUAUAGACAUGGUCACCCAUGGGGCCUCUGACUGCUGGGACUGACCAAAGAGCUUCCAUUUCCUGAGCAUGGUGGGGCCCAGAGUCCUUGGUUCUCACCUCUGGGGGUCAGGAGUGAUAUCAGGAAACUGCUUCCUGGUCCUGAGAGCACUUGGAGGAUGUGGGAUGCUUAACGGAGGGACGGGAGGCUGAGGGGCAGGUGGUGGCUCCCCUGGGGCCUGCUGCAGGUCCAGGUGGAAGUGGGGGUGGGCUAAGGCAGGAGCCCUGGCAUGGGGUGGGAAGGCGGCCGAGGUCUCUUCCACCCUGUGCAAUGCUGGUUUCAGCCCCACGAAUUCCUUAGCCUGUUGCCUUUGACAGGGGCCUUGGUGGCCUCAUUAGUUCUAGGGGUACCUUUGGGCUCUUGAUUCUCCCCAAAGGAGGAAUGCACUUCCUUCCUGCUCUUCUCGCACCCACAUCUGGGGAAGCUGAGGAGGGAGGAACAGUCAGCCACAGCUCUCUUCCAGGACUGUCCUCUCUGCCCUGAGCUUUGAAGAAAAGAAUCCCCUUCCUCCUUUCCCUGGCCACUGCUGCUGCACCUGACAUCCUCUCUGGGCCCUGGGACCCUCUCCACAGAGGGGAUGUGGCCUGUGGUCAUGACAUACCCUGGCAGCAGUAGGAUAAAGUCCCUUCUGUGAAGGGGAAGCAGACUGGGCCAUAAGGAAACAGCAGGACUGGCUCAAGUGCCCAAGGUUUGCUUAGGGCCUGGGAAUUGGCCAUGAAUUACUUAAUUUAUUGAGAGGAGUGGAGUAGGUGGCUUUUUUCCCCUCCCUCUUUCCCUGAGAAGAAUAAAGUUUAUUAAAUUACCUGGU